GCAUGCAACUGGGUUGUUUGACUGUAUCCGAUUUCUUGGUGCAGCCAUUCCCCUUUAAGCCUGUGCUCGGUCCUUGAAGAGUCAGCCUAUUGUCUGAAAGUCCUCCCAUCUGUGGGGGUGGCUCUGCAGAAGUUUGCUGAGGAAAAAAGUUUUCAAGCUGUCACUGGUCGUCGGGGGGAGACUGAUGGAGGACAAGAGGACCAGGCAGACAUUAGAGUAGUCAGAGUUAGAUUGCACCCAGAAGCAGUGGGCUCAAAUGAUGAUCAGGGCUGUAUGGGAGACCUUUCUUAGGACUGUGACAGCUGGAGCGCACGGUCCAAGCCAGGCGACGCGCGCAUCUAACUCUGAUGGACUCAAUCUGAAUUUACCGCCCUGGAGGUGUUAGAAAUAAAAUUCAUGUUUCUAACGCACAGGUACACGUCCUGACAAAAUGAUCCGUUCACAGUGGAGGCUCCAUGCUGCGGGACAAAGAGCGUCUCCCAUUCAAGUCCUCGUCGCGCUUCUUUUGGUGCUGGAGAUUUGCAAAACCCUUGGAUCCCCUCACGAUCCAGAGAGCUAUCUGCAUGACCUGCCUCCAUAUGAAGUAGUUCACCCAACUAGAGUUGAUGCCAGAGGCCACUUCCUGUCAAACGUCUUGUCCUACCGCACACGCCGUGUACAACGCCGGGAAACCUCAGAGGACAGUGCGGGUGCCCAUCAAGUCUUCUACCAGUUUCUCCACGGCGGCCACAGCUUGUACUUUAACCUUACUCUCAAUCCAAACCUGCUGGCUCCGGGCUUUAUGACGGAAAGGAGAUAUGGUGGCCUGGAAGGGGCCAAGAUCCAGCGCCCCGGAGCUCCCGGGUGUUACUAUUUAGGCGAAGUGUGGGACAGGACCACUGUUAAAGGACAUGCCGCAAUAAGUACAUGUGAUGGACUGACAGGGCUGUUUAAGUUGUCCGAUGAGGAGUUUUUCAUUCAGUCUCUGGAGAAGUCUGUCGAUGAAACCUCAGCACCUCAAGCCCACGCCAUCUACAAACGACACGCUCCUCCCCCUGUUCACAGUCCAGUCAUCCAGGCCAUCUCAGGGAAACAAGGUAUCAACGGCACUUGUGGAAACCAAGAUUCCUCCAGGACUUUUGAGGGCACUGAGAGGCAGCGAGAAAGAUGGGAACGUCGAAAUCGAGGGCAAAAGCGUAGAAUUCAUCGACGCUCAGAAAGCAGGGAAAAAUGGGUGGAAACUCUAGUGGUGGUGGACCCCAAAAUGGUGGACUAUCAUGGGAGUAAAGAUGUGGAAAGCUACGCCCUUGCUGUCAUGAACAUCGUGGCGGGUAUCUUUAGAGAUGCCAGUAUCGGGAAUGCAAUCAACAUUGUGAUUGUGCGGCUUAUCCUUCUGGAGCAGGAUGAGGAUGACCUAAAGAUUACACACCAUGCUGACAACAGCCUGAGCAGCUUCUGUAAAUGGCAGAAAAAACUCAACAUGAAAGGAGACGAGCACCCGCUGCACCAUGAUGUGGCUGUUCUACUCACCAGGAAGGACAUAUGUGCAGCUUUCAACAUGCCAUGUGAGACUCUGGGACUGUCUCAUGUGGCGGGAAUGUGCCAACCUCAUCGCAGCUGCAGCAUUAGUGAAGACACGGGCCUCCCCAUGGCCUUCACAGUGGCACACGAGCUGGGGCACAACUUUGGGAUUCAGCACGAUGGCAACGGUAAUGACUGUGAACCCAUUGGGAAACGACCUUUCGUCAUGUCUCCACAGCUCCUGUAUGGCACCUUCCUGCCUCGCUGGUCCCGCUGCAGCCGUCAGUAUAUCACCCGCUUCCUAGAGUAA